AUGAAUUAUUAUCAAAAUUUAAAUGAAAAUAAUCAAUUUAAAUAUAAACCAAAUUAUAAUUAUAAUAAUAAUAAUAAUAAAUAUAUAAAUAAUAAUUAUAAAAAUAAUAAUAAUAAUUUAUUAUUAAAAAUAAUGAAAAAAAUUAAAAUUAAAAUUUUAAAUUUAAUUGAAUUUUUAAAAUUUAAUUUUAAAAAAACCAAUUUUAAAAUAAUAUUUAAACAAAUUGGGAUUCAAUUAUUAUUUAUGUGUUUAUUAUUUGGAAUUAUUGCACCAAUUUCAAUUUUACUUUAUAAUAAUUCACCAUCAAAAUAUUUAGGUAAUAAAAUCCAAUUUUCAAGUGAAGAUAUUUAUUCACCAAUUGAAAAUAAUAUUUCAAUUUAUGAUAGAAAAGAAUUUCCACAACAAUGGUCACAAGUUAAUAUUUUAUUAGACCCACAUUCACAUACAACUUAUUCCGAUGGAACAUUAACACCUGAGGAGAAUAUAAAAUGGCAUAUUUCCAAUGGUUUCAAUGCAAUGUUUAUGACCGAUCAUAAUAAAAUCGAAGGUGGGUUAGAGGGACAGCGAAUCGCCCAAAAGAAAUACUCUUCAAAGAUAUUGGUGGUGCCAGGUAUCGAAUGGACAAAUUGCAGAUGUCAUUUAAAUUUAAUUGGUAUCAAUGUGAAUGUACCCUUAAUUAAAUUCCCAACAAAUAAAGAAAUUAAGGAAAUAAUUGAUUUCGUUCAUUCCCAAGGUGGGUUAGUUAUAUUGAAUCAUUAUCCAUGGAGUUACUGGGCAGGUUUAGACCAACCCUCAAUGGAAGAAUGGUAUGAAAUGGGCAUUGACUUCCUCGAGGUUGUAAAUAUUGACACUAUGGACUACCAAGGUAUAGUAUUUUGUAAAGACCAUGACCUUCGUUAUGUGACAGGUUCUGAUUUCCAUAGUAAUCAACAUGCUUACUCUUGGACAGUUUUCAAUAUACCUCAAUUACCACAUGGUUCAAUCCCAACUCAAGAUCAAUUAAUUAAAACAUUAUUAGAUAAAUCAACUAAAACUUCAUUUGCAUUCGAUUCACUUGCUAGUAAAACAGUUUCAGUUAAAUCAAAUAAAUUAACACUUAAUCCAACCUUCAUUUUCUUAUCACCUUGGAUUUAUAUAGGUGGUUUCUUUCAUAGUUUUUUCGAAUUAAAAAAAGGAAUGUAUAGUUUUGUAGAUGGUAGUUGUACUGAACAAAUUGUUGAUAUUCAUACCAAUGAAUUAGUUUCAUUAGUAGCUUGGAUUUUCUUUAUUUUUAUAAUUGCCCAAUUAUUAUAUUUCACUUUAAUUUUCACUUUAAAUUAUUUAAAAUCAAAAUUUAAAAAUAAAUCAAAAGAAUCAACAACAAUAAAUAAAGAAGAUUUUGAAAAAGAAAAAGAAACUGAAAUAGAAAAUGAAAAACAAUCAUCAAUUAAUUUAGAUGACAAUUGUGACAAUUGUGAAAGUAGUGGUAGCAGUAGUAAUUCUUCUGAUAUUAUAUCAGAUAAUAGUUCAAUAAGUAGUAACGAUUAA